AUGGCUGAUCUGCCGGAAUCACGAGUUGAUAAUGCAGGUUUAUUUUAUCACACCGGAGUUGAUUAUUUUGGCCCUUUGUACAUUAAAGAAAAGAAGCUUAAAAAUCGUAACAAGGUCAAAGUCUACGGUUGCGUUUUCGUUUGCAUGUCGAUUCGGGUGGUUCACAUUGAAAUCGUGAGUGAUUUGUCAACAGAAGCUUUCUUAGCAGCUUUCAGACGAUUUGUUUCGCAUCAUGGAAAUCCAACACACAUGUAUUCCGAUAAUGGAAGUAAUUUUGUUGGCGCGAAUAAUCAUUUACGCGAAUUGUAUAUGAUGAUAAGGUCAGACGAUUUCAAAUUGAAAGUAUCGAAUUACGCAGUAAGCAAGAAAAUAAGUUGGCAUUUUAACCCACCGAUUUCGCCGCAUUUUGGCGGCUUGUGGGAGGCUGCCGUCAAGUCCUGUAAACAUCACCUGAAACGCGUGAUGGGUAAUCAAUUAUUUACUUAUGAGGAGUUAUGUACUUUGGCGGCAGAAAUUGGUGCAAUUUUAAAUUCGCGACCACUAUGGCCAAUUUCGCCAGAUCCUAAUGAUCCAAUAGCUUUAAGUCCUGCACAUUUUUUAAUCGGACACCCAUAUACGGCAUUGCCCGAAAAUGAUUUUUCUGCGUUUCCAGAUAAUCGCUUGACUUCGUGGCAGCGUGUAACGAAAACAAAGCAGGAAUUUUGGCGUCGUUGGCAACUUGAGUACUUGUCAGAGCUGCAGAAACGUCAAAAGUGGAUACGCCCGAAUGACAACAUUAAGCUAGACGAUAUAGUAUUGUUAAUAGACAAAAAUCAACCGUGCUUGCAGUGGCGAUUGGGACGGGUGGUCGAGCUGCAUCCUGGCGAUGAUGAUGUGGUGAGAGUGGUUACGGUCAAGACAUCGCAAGGAUCAUUCAAAAGAAACGCAAGAUCUCUUUGCAUUUUACCAGUUCAUGUUGAAUAUACUCAAAAUGAGAGUUAA